AAUUGCUGUUGCUGUUGCUCGCCGCAGCCUUCUUGUUACGUGAGCCAUCGACUUUUAAUCCUUAACGGAGAGCCGUAAAACGCAAAUGUAACCGGCCGAUGCUCCCCCUGUAUCAUCCGCCUGUCCUUUUACAGAAAUACGUUCAGCCGCCCGUUGCGAAAUCCUACGCGCCUAUUCGGUAUUACCAUAAAACGGACGUGCCGAUGGAGGGGAACACUACGUACCGAUUGUCGUUUUGGGAAGGUCCUGGCGGUACCAGAGAAGCCAUCCGUCCUGAGAAUUGUCUGGCCGUGGGAGAUGGGUUCAUGUCCGACGACACCACGCACAAAUUGAGCUAUCUGGGAAACUGGUGCGUGAAGCCAGAAGACCCCAUCACUCCUUGCGACAGACAGUGGCUGGGCAGAGGACCCAUGCAGGACGUAACCACUCAGAAGCACGAUUACACGUGGAAAAUCGCUCCCAAGGAAGAACCAUACUCCCUAAGGCCGAAUCUCUAUUUUCCUUGCGCCUCGAUGUCCGACGACACGACCUACCGCCUCAGCUACUUCCAGUCCGCCUGCCGCAUCCCUGAAAAGCCAUUUAAACCCAUAAGAAGGUACGAAAGAUCGGACGUCCCCAUGGACGGCUGCACCACGUACAGACUCAGCUACUGGCCGAGUGAGCUGCCAGGAAAGGAACCUCAGCCAUGGAAUUCGAAAGUGGAGUAUCAUCCGCCCGUCGUCCCUCUCGAAGGCUGCACCACGUAUAAGCUCAGCUACUGGCCGAACCGUGAAGAGCCCAGGAAGCCCUUUAUCCUGAAAGACACGGAGAACAUCCUGAACGCCAAGUGCUGCUUCGACGACAAUACCACUUACGGGCUGAGCUACUUCGGAUGCGGCGGAGAUAAGCGCGAGCCCAUCAGACAAUCCCAGAACAUUCUCCUCUCACCUUGUCCUCUCUCCCACGACACCACUCAUCGGAUGAGCUACCUAGGCAAUUGGUGCGCCAAGCCGGAAAGGUCGAUUAUUCCUUGCACCAGGGAUCUCCUGGGAAGAGGACCCAUGCAGGACCUGACGACCCAGAAGCACGAUUUUGUCUGGAAGUGCGGAACCCCCGACUCCGAAAUCCGCCCCGAGGAUAAUCUCAGCUGCUCCCCGAUGCCCCUGGAAUGUUGUACGACGCACAGGUUGUCGUUCCUUCCGAACGACCCUUCCUCGUUGAUCAGAAACAAGCCCUACGCACCCAUUCGAAGGUACGAGUCCUCUGAUGUGCCUAUGGAGAAGGAGACGACGAUGAGGUUGAGCUACCAGCCCGUGGAACCCGCGGACCAGGUCGAAAAGCAUUGGGGCAACCACUCGCAAUAUAUCCCGCGUGUUACCCCGAUGGAGGACGACACGACCUACAACCUUAGCUACAUACUUCCUGGAACCCUGGAGCCCCUGCCACCCUGCUGUCCACCUUGCCCUCCGGCGAAUCCUUGCAUCCCUUGCGCGUCAGGGUGAGCUCUGGGGACACCUUCACAGCCACCCGGGGAUGGAAUCGACCUUGAAAAAAAAUUGCAUCCCGCGUCCUUGUCCGCG